UUUCAUAACAAGUUGUUUAGGUUAAAAUUUUAUAAGAAUUUGGGAUUUUAGAUUUUGAUGCUUUCAUACUCAGUGGUAUAGUAAAGUAGUGAAAUUGUUUUCUUACUGCUGUUAUUAGGUACUCAGGAUAAAAUGAACUCUUCUUCCUUGGUAUUUACAUCAGUGAUACUGCAUGUUAUCAUUUCAUAUAUGUGUGGAAAACAUGCAUGUUUUGCGUACCGCUGGAAGGCUUCACCAGACAACUGUACAUGCAUCCGCACUGGCCUUUCAACUUACAGCUUGUUUUCUCUUCGAGGACAAAGAAUUUAUGGGUCAGGAUUUCGCCAACAGCAAAGUUACACAUACUCCUUCAUGCCUUGUGUGCCCGAUAAUUUGCACUCACGUGAGGGAAAUUGCACAAACGUGGCACUAUGUAAAUACGACACGGAUGGAAUUCCACCUGUGUUCACAGACUUGGGUGAACAAGGAGAUGUUAUGUGCGAAGAAACAGAUGAAUACAGAUUUGCACUAAUAUAUCCUAUAAAGAAGAGUCCUCACUCAAUAAGUCACUCCAAGGUUGUUGUCGAAUGCGAUAAUGAUCCUCAUGCAAAACCUGUGUUAAGUCUAAUAAGCGAGGAAAGUUUGGAGUGA